CGGGGCUGGGGCGGAACGGGGAGAAAGGCAGGCGUCUUCUCGUUACGUUUGCAACAUUUUGACACCAUUCGAUUAAAAAAAGGAAGCCAAAAUCCGUGUUAAUGCGAGACGAAAGCGAAGUAAGCACCGCCGACUGAACCCGCCCCGGCGAGAAAAAGGAUAAACGAACACAGAUGUCAGCGGAUUUAUACAUCGCAAGCCUAUCAGAAAGAUAAGACAUUCGGCUAAUUAUAUUAUUCAUGUUGGGAAAUAAAUCGCAUGUAUUCAUAUGAAGUCCCUAUUUCUGCCGUCUGUCCUUUAAAUGGAUAGGCAUGCAACAUUUAAAUAAAACCCGCAGGUCUAGUAGACAGCUCCUGCUUUCUUCGUGUGUGCAGAACAAUGAGCAUGGAGCCUAAGUAGCCUGCUAUAGUCAGAUACAAGUGUUGCAAAUUGACAGUCACGCAAGCUUCCAGACCGAUUACUUUAGGUUACGAUUGCCCCACGGUUGCAGUCUGGAUACUCUGUUCAGAGAUAUCGGUUUUGUACUAAAAAAGGCAUCUCAUAGGGCGUUGAAAGAUUGAUGUGCAGCUCACAUUGGAAAGGGAAACGACCUACGAGUUGGUUGGAAUAAGGGUCCUUGUUUUCUGCCCCAGACACCGAGUUUCCAUGGAGGCAGGUUCGUCCCUCAGCCUCAAACGAAGAUAUGAAGAGGUGGACAACAGCUCUCCAUUCUCUACACCUAAGGACUCCGACGAUGACAUUUCCAGCAGUGACAGCGCUGACAGCUGUGACAGCCUCAACCCCCCCUCCAGCACUGCAUUUACCCCCACCUCCAUCCUCAGACAGCACAAGCCGUCACCGGGGGGAAAACGGGUACGUUUUGACGUGGUGACGGUGUAUUACUUUCCCCGGCGGCAGGGGUUCACCAGCGUGCCCAGCCAGGGUGGCAGCUCCCUGGGCAUGGCCCGUCACCACUCCUCCAUCAGACACUACACGCUGGGCGAGUUUGCCCGAGAACAGGAAACGAGCCACCGGCACACUCUACGCCAGCACCUGCGCCAAGAGAAGCUCAAUGCCCGCAAGAUGAAGCUGACCAGGAACGGCACGGUGGAGUGCGCCCAGGCAGACCUGCUGACUCUGGAGGACGUGUCCGAUGAGGACCUGGACGUGGACGAGGUGGAGGUGGACGACUGCUUCUUUCUUCAGCCGCUGCCCACGAAGCGCCGCCGAGCCCUCCUGCGAGCGUCCGGCAUCGCCCGCAUCGAUGCGCGGGAGAAAGCCGAGCUCCGAACCAUCCGCCUCUCGCGGGAGGAAUGCGGCUGCGACUGCCGCCUGUACUGCGACCCGCGCCACUGCGGCUGCAGCCAGGCUGGGAUUAAGUGCCAGGUGGACCGAAUGUCGUUCCCGUGUGGCUGCUCUCGGGAUGGCUGCGGCAACAUGGCGGGCCGCAUCGAGUUCAACCCUCUACGCGUCCGAACGCACUACCUGCACACCAUCAUGAAGCUGGACCUGGAGAAGAGGAGGGUGCUGAUCCAAGGGACCGGCGACCAGUACGCCGAAUCCGACCACAUGUCCUCCCCCUCCUCCACGUGCCCCACGUCUCCGGACCUAUCCUCCGUCGCCGGCCUGGACUCCGAGCUGGAGGAGAGCGAGGCGCAGACGGCGGCGGAGGUUCAGGAUCUCCUGGCGGAGCAGGACAUCCUGGAGCGGGAGAACGAGACGGCCGUGCUGCACCUGCAGAGCGCCGAGGAGCAGGAGAGGCGGGAGCGCGAGGAGCAGGAGGGGGAGGCGGUGCAGCCGGAGCUGGGCGCACAGCAGCCUCUCUGCCUCCUGCCCGGGCAGGCGGGGGUGCCAGGGGUGGAGCAGGUCCUCCUGCAGGGGCCCUUCCCCACGGGGGCCACGGUGCUCUGCAUCACUGACAACCAGGAGGAGAGCCCCUCGGCCCUCCUCAAAGACUCCACUUCUCUGCUCUACUACCAGCUGGGCCCCAUCCAACCGGGGGCCUUCGAGGGCCUGCACAGAGCACAGGAGGUGGAACAGGAGGAGCGCUCGCUGGGAGAACAGGGUUCAGGAGGAGGCCAAAGGAAAGAAGAAGAAGAAGAAGAAGAAGAAGAAGAGGGAGGAGGAGGAGGAGAGGAGUCGAAAGAUGAUAAACCUGAAGAGAUCCCCUGCAGGCCGAUUUUGGGCAAGUCUUUGACCAAUGUGAUCCUGCGCUCGGAGGGCUGCGUGGCAGUGGCGGAGGAGAGGCCCUCGAGCCCCCGGCACAGCCUGGCUGAUGUGCAGCAGUGCCAACGGGAGGCGUGCUCCGAGGAAGGAGUCAAUCCACUGCCCCCCGAAGUUUAGCUCUAGCUUCUCUGCAGAUAUUUUGCACAAUAGCUUCAUCUAAGAUGAAAAGAAAUGUACACAUUUCACAUUUAUCACUGCUAUUAUCAAGAAUUAUUACAGGUUGCAAUCUCUUGUAGUGACUGUCAUUGAAUUAUGUGGAGAAUAAGAAGUGAGUAUUACA